AAAUUGUAUAGAUUGUUGUUAAAAAAAUUUCAAGUCUCCCUCCAUUCACUUUUAUCGCUUUUCAACACUAAAUUAAUUUAGGAGGAAGCAGCUGGUCUUGUUUUGGUUUUCGAUACUCCCUCGUUACGUGUUUAAAUGAGUCGUUUUCUUCCCAAAUUGUGGGGUUAUGCUAAUGUCCCGCUGCGGCAAAAAUAUUGCAACAGCUUGGUCCGCCUCCUGUCUACUGUUAGCAGUCCUUCACCAUCGGUAAGGGAUCGAGCUCAUUGCAAUGUGGGCACCAUUGGCCAUGUUGAUCACGGAAAAACAACUUUGACGGCGGCGAUUACGAAAAUCCAGUCCAAAAAGGGACUUGCAGAAUUUCUAUCUUACGAGCAAAUUGAUCGGGCACCCGAAGAGAAGGCUCGUGGCAUCACAAUCAAUGCCUGUCAUAUUGGUUAUGCGACAAAUGAAAGAACUUAUGCCCAUACCGAUUGUCCUGGACAUGCCGAUUACAUUAAGAAUAUGAUAUCAGGAGCAUCCCAAAUGGAUGGCGCAAUUUUAGUUGUGGCUGCCACAGACGGGCAAAUGCCUCAGACCCGGGAACAUUUGCUACUGGCCAAACAGGUGGGCAUUCAGCGCAUCAUUGUUUUUAUUAACAAGGCCGAUCUGGUGGAUGAAGAGGUCUUAGAGCUUGUAGAGAUAGAGAUGCGUGAAAUGCUAACCGACUUUGGAUUUGAUGGAGUCAAUAGUCCGGUAAUAUGCGGUUCCGCUUUGUUGGCCUUACGCGAGGACAAUGAGUCUCCCUUCGGAGUCAAAGCUAUUGAAGAGCUACUCAAACAAUGUGACUCAUAUAUACCUACACCCCAGCGAGACAUUGUAGCACCCUUUAUUUUGCCCAUUGACAAUGCAUUUACAGUGCCUGGACGCGGUACAGUAGUUGUGGGGACCAUAAAACGUGGCACUAUUGUGCGUAAUUCCGAUGCUGAUCUGCUGGGUUUCAAUCAAAACCUUAAAACAAGCGUCAGUGAUAUUCAAAUUUUCCGAAAGAGUGUGCCACAGGCGUUGGCUGGCGAGAAUGUGGGAGCCCUUUUGCGUGGCAUCAAGAUAUCGGCUGUGGAACGAGGCAUGUUGCUGUGCGCCACUGGUUCGGAAGAUAUAUCAAACCACUUUGAAGGCUCCAUGUAUCUUCUAUCCCGCUCUGAAGGAGGGCGUGUCAAACCAAUGCUUUCCAAAUAUAUACAGCAGUUGUUCAGCAUGACUUGGAAUGUUCCAGCACGAAUUGAUAUUGUGCCCAGCGAGGCGAUGCUUAUGCCCGGAGAGCAUGGCCAAGUGCGAGUGACAUUGCUGAGAAAAAUGGUAAUGACACCAGGACAAGCCUUUACAAUUCGGGAGAAUGGAGCAACAGUGGCUACCGGUAUGAUAACACAGCGACUGCCAUCGCUUGAUUUGCCCAAGAACAAGUUAUCUAAAGCGUCAGUAGUGUGCUAGGAAUAAAUAUUUUGAAAACCAA